ACACCUUAUAUAAAGAGACUGGGAAGCUGUGGUGUUUCCACUCAUCUCUCAGGAAUCAGCUGCAGUCAGGAUGGCCGAGAAAAAGAUGUCGUCGAGCAGGAGGAAUCACCUCAAGAGCUUACUGCUGCAGAUUGGUCAGGCGUUGCUGGCGGAGGAGGCCAUGGAGGCCGAGAAGGAGAAGAUGAAGCACGUGGAAGAGCACUGCCCCCCCCUCUCCGUCCCAGGAUGCACGCAGGAGCUCCAGGAGUUGUGCCGGAAACUUCACAAGCAGAUCGAUCUGGUGGACGACGAGCGGUACGACAUGGACCUCAAAGUAAAAAAGACCAACAAGGAGAUCGAGGACCUGAAGCUGAAGGUCCAGGACCUGAACGGGAAGUUCAAGAAGCCGGCCCUGAAGAAGGUGCGGAUGUCGGCCGACGCCCUGCUGGCCGCGCUGCUGGGCUCCCAGCACAAAGUCUCCAUGGACCUGAGAGCCAACCUGAAGCAGGUGAAGAAGGAAGUCAAAGAGGAGGAGAAGGCGACAGGCGACUGGAGGAAGAACGUGGAAAACAAAGCUGGGAUGGGCGGCAGGAAGAAGAUGUUCGAGUCAGAGGCCUAAACCGCAGCGUGUUGCUCUUCAGUCUUAAUUUCUCGUCUCAUGUGACUCCAUCUUGUUGGAACUGUGUAUUA